AUGGGUUUGGAUCAGUCCUUUGAUGUUUGGAAUGGGUUUUCCAAACCUCAACUACUCCGGAUCAUUAUGCAAUUGCUCCGUGAUAUGGGCUAUAGGUAUUCAUUACAACACUCUCCACUUAUUAAUAACUUAUUACAGCCUAUUUAUAGCUAUUUUAAGAGGAGUUUUGAGGUUCUUCAAGAGGAAUCGAGCUGUUCAUACCAGGACGCUCAAACUAACGAGUUGGAGAGUUUUGUACUUUCCGGUAAUUUGUAUGACGCGAAGGGUGUUUUGGGACGGUUUCAGUUCGACGAGAGUGUUUUCAACGCCUGCAGAUUCCUAAUAUCGCAACAGAUUUUCUUCGAAGCUCUGUACAACAACAACUUUGACGAAGCUUUGAAGGUUCUAAGAGGUUUGGUUUCACUUGAAAAUUUCCGUUUAGAACACAUGUCACUUGAGGCAUUUGACGAGGACUCGCGACAACGUGUUCACCAAUGCUCAACUCUGAUGGUGUACCCUUCAAAAUCGCUUAAAUCUGAGCUUAACUGGUCACAUGAGAACUCUCGGGAGAAGCUUUGGAAACAUAUUCAGUGCCUAAUUUCACCCACCGUUACCAUUCCUCCUAACCGCCUACUGACCUUGUUGAGACAAGCCGUCGAGUUGCAGGAAUUGCACUGCUUGAACCAUUAUGAUAGCGGAGAUGAAUGUGCCGUGUUCCCGCUCUUAUUUGAUCACUGCUGUACUACUUCAAAACUCCCUUCGAGACUUCUGGCUCGACUUGAAAGCCAUACUGAUGAGAUUUGGGACGUGUCAAUUUCACCAGACGGCCAGUUUUUUGCCACUGCUAGCAAGGAUGAAAGUGUAAUUUUAUGGUCCGCCUCCUACCCCUUUGAGGUGAUUUACCGCUGGAAAGUCCACCGUAACGUUGUUAGUUGUGUUUCCUGGAGCUCUGACAGUAAACUGCUUGCUUCCUGUGGAAAUGAUGGUUUGAUUGUAAUUUGGAGUCCCUACUGUGAGGAAUUUUUACAGAAAAUUGAGCCUCACACUGCCGUGGCCACUUCUGUGGCCUGGAUUCCAAACACUUGGAAGUUCAUCACUGCUGGUAUGGAUAAGCAGAUGAUUCUUCACGAGGUUGUUUAUAACCCUGAAAACACUCCAUCUUCAAGUUCUGAACAUUCAAACACUACUCCCUUAACAAAUGGCCAAUCGAACUCUGUAACUUUAAAUGGAACUUCUGUUGACGCUGACACUACUAAUGCUAGUGUCGAUUCCAAGUAUACUAUAAACUCAAUUUGUAAAUGGAGUUUUGAGAGUAGGAUUCGUACUCUAUCCAUCAAUUUGGACGGCACUCUCGCUGUUUUUGCCACUGUUGACCGGAUGUUAAGGGUUUGGGACCUUGUUUCUGGCAAGGAAAUCGUUCCCAUUCCUGAGUCUGCUGCCAUUACUACUGUCACUUGCAGUAAGUUGUUUAACCAGGUUCUCGUCAGUGUCGCUGGUCAGCGGCCUGUGAUGCGUCUCUGGGACAUUGACGAACGCCGUAUUAUCCAGACUUACCGUGGUCAUCGUGAGGACCGUUACGUUCUUCGUUCAACUCUUGGUGGUCCUAUGGAGUCUUUUGUUGUUUCUGGCAGUGAGGAUGCUCAGAUUUACAUUUGGAACAAGAUUUUCGGUUCUCUUCUUUCUGUCAUUGCUGCUCAUUCUUCCACUGUGAACGCUGUUGCUUGGUCCAACGAUCAUCUGAUUAGUGUUUCUGAUGAUCAGACCAUUGCAAUAUGGGAGCCAGACCACAAUGAAUAA